UUGGAGGAGCGGCGGGCUGCGCCUCCUCAGCCUGCCCCAUCAUCCCCAGCACCACGUCAGGGACGUUCGCAUGGAGAAGCUGGCUCGCUAUUUUUCUUAUCACAUUUGAUCAUGAACGAGAACGCAGUGGCGGGUCCGAGCAGAAGUGCAGUUCAACAUGGUACAAUGGUCGCCAACAACCGCACAUCGGGCGCAGUUGCCUCUACAAGCAGCGUGCUCCCUGAAAAAGCGCGCUUGCGACCUCCUCGCAAAUUCAGGCCUCGGGUCGAUAGCAGCCGAGCGGGUGGCUCUGAGCGUUAUGCUCGCGUAGGCCAAUCCCAUGCGGCAGCCAGAAUCGCGCGGAUCAUGCUCACAGUCACUCAGUCGGUGUCGGCAACGAGCACGCUCUCCCACGCUGGUCACGUAUCGAGCGCAUCCCUCAAGGGAAAGGCGCGAGCCAUGGACCCGGCACCCACGGCACAAAGGCUUUUGCGCAGACAAGAUUUACCAAUCAGCGUGGAUGGGCUGGACAAGGACAAGGGGAACAGAAGCGCAACGCCGCCAACACAAUCAUUGGAGGGCGCUGACCCUUCUAACGUGGGUCUGCUGAGUGCUGGCGCUUCUUCGGUGCCUCUAAUCAGCGAUGGCACCACUGCGCUGUCUCUGACUGCGAGCCAAGCAUCAAGCUCCUCGUUCCUUUUGCCGCCAAUGUCAUCAUCAUCCUCCCCGAGCAUCACCGCAGCAACCACAGCUGCAGUACAAAGUCUGGCACCGGCGUCACUGAUCCAGAAUGCUGCAGCUUCUACGGCCAGUAGCGAUGCUGAGGGUGCAGCCCCGCACGUGUCCAUAAAGCACAACUUGCCUCUGCAAUUGCUCAUCACGGUGGGCGCUCUCGUAGUCUUUGCAAGCUUGCUGGCAAGCUCUGCUUGGCUCUGCAGGACGCGCUUGCCUUGCACGCGCAAGAGGAGGAAGCGCCGCGACAAGACGACGUGGAGUCCAGCCGCUGGCAGCACCGAAAGCUUUGAUGUCAAGUCUGUCGAUGCUCGGCAAUGGGCCGCCAAGUACGCCCAGACGCCUAUGCUUUUGAAGGAUGACGUCCAACGGUUCGCUGCCGCGCCUGUAGUGCCUACCGAUGCAGCAGUAGCGGAGCUACAGAGGCCUGCGCCUUGUGCGAUGAUCGCCACCAGCAAUCAGCCUUGCGACCACUUCAUCGAGCGUCUGCUCGUUGCCAGGCCCAACUCAGCUGGCAUGCCGGACGUCUUGCGAGGCGACGAAGAGCAAAGGAUCAGUAACCCUCAUCAGUCCACUACCGAUGAUCUUUUGCCUUCUGCGACGCAGCUGCACGAGACUUUUAUAGAUCCGCCGGAUAAAAGUCAGAGGCAGGUCCAGCAGCCACCGGCGACUCGCUCUGCUACGCUCCUCUCCACCGUCCUGUCGACGCUCGGUGUUCACCAGAAUGCGAACUCCAAACGACCACAGAAGCACGCAUCACAAGACCUCGACUCUGACUUUGAGGGCACGAUUGGAGCCAAGGACGUCGAGCUGCCGAUGGCUCGACGCGUCGGCAAACGAGAGUCUCGUUUUCCAUGCGACAUCAGCUCCGACGAAGAUUCUGCUGCGACUCUGGCAAUAAUUUCUCGAGCGCGCAAGACGUUGGAUGCAUCCGGAGAGACGCAUUCUAGCACGCCAAGGACACCGGGUCUUGCGGGCCUAGGAUCCGCAUGGGCUAGGGUAGCACCGCUCGCAGCAGCUACGAAGCGACCAUCUCCCCUAGGACCCCCGUGCGUGAUUCCGCCUGCCAUCAGCGCGCCCAGUGUUCCUGCGCCCGCGGCUCGAGCUGGAGCAGCGCUAGGCGGAAGGACCAUCACCUUGUCAGAGCUGAAGCUGUUGCAGUCGCAGAAAGAUCUCGGCCACGUGCUCAGUCCGGCAAGCAACAACCGACACAAGCUCGAGUCAACUGUGGCUAGAUGGCUCACGGUCAGCCGAUAUGCUGAUCUAGUACAGCAGACUCCACUGGCGACCCAAGGUGCGCUGCCACGCAUGCCUCGCAGACGAGACAGUGCUCAUAGCCUCACGCAGUCCGAAGGUUCUUCAAUGACGCUGGCUUCUUCUGACCAAGGUCUGUCUCGCAUGCCGAGCAUCGUGCCGCGCUUUGGCGCCACGACGACGCUCGAAAGCUGGCUGGAAAAGGAUCCUGUUAAGGGCGAUGGCUCCGAUGCUGGAGUCAACGAACUCGUGAACAUUCUCGGCAUGUACUCCGUGGGAGACGGUGCGUCCACAGCUGGCUCCGAAUCGCUCUCGUUGGCAGACGCGCCCCCAAAGCGGCCUCUCGAAGCAUCUGCGGGCGGUGCGACACCGAUGAUCUCGCUGCCAACAGGCGAUAGCAUCCUGCCACCUUCGUACCGCAGCUUUGGCACACCCGACCGGCUGCAAAGAGGGGAGACGAAGAGCUCAAAAGGUUCUUCGAGAAGUCGCACCCAGACGUGGAGUCAAAGCAACGAGGCGCUCGAAGAAGAGAAGCGUCAAGUAGACCGUCGUCAAAAGCUGCACCGCAAGGAACAGCGUAGGAGCGCACGGAUGCAAGCUAGACACUUGGCCCUGUCUCAAGAAGCCGAAGCGCAGCAGGCCACUCAAGCGGCGACUGUCGAAGAAGCUCAAGAUCGCCGACACACCAUCCUCGAUUUUGCGAUGCUGACAGCGGGUCAAAGUCCCAGAGUAGGCGUGACACGCUCACGCAGUCUUGCAAGCUCAGUCUACUCUAACAACACUGCUCCUUCGGAGUAUUGCAAUGCGCCCAUCCUUUCCAAUCCUGCGACGGUCAAUCGCCUUUCGGUCAUCAAGGAGCACAAGAGCCCAUCAUCUCAAGAGUCGCAAGCUGAGCAGGCGGUGGCAGCACCUCCUCCGCAGAGUGCCAUAGAGGCGAAGGCUACGCUUCACGUGCCUGUUCAGAAGCGUAAAAUUUCCUCGGCACGACUCAUGGCGCCCCUCUCACCGCCCGACUCCCCCUGGACUUCGCCCGAUUCUCGCACUGGGCCGAACAAUGGAAGGUGGCAAGGAGGACCUCAAAGACCUCGCGAUUCAUUCAUCGUGCCCAAGCGGUCUGCAGCUACCUCCGCGAAUGCGGCUCUGCCUAGCGACAGACGCGAGCUGCUGGAAAAGAAGCGCCAAGCUUCGAAGUCUAAGCGCGAUGUGAUCCCGCCCACGGGUCACCUUGUCGAUGUCGCACCAGCUGGUACCGGCGGCCACCACAAAGACGCAAGACGCGUCGUCUCUGCCCUUCCGACCAAACAGGCCAUGCGCAGUCAGGGCGCGCGCAGAGAUCGAGCGGUCAGCGAAAAGGCAUUGUUGGCGUAGUAUCCAAAGUCCCCAGAUUGUAAUUUGCAGUCCAAACAGCUUUCCCGUCAUCUGACCGUUCAGGAGCAAUCACAAUCACAAUCAAACACCUCCCUUUUU